AUGGAGAACUACAGUAAGGCGCGAACGGUGGAACAGCCCUGCCCCUGCCCAUUCCCUGGCCUCUCCAGCGACACCAAUGAGGUUAGAGUGAAGGAUGGCAGCAAGAUCCGCAACCUCAUGCGCUACGCCCUGAGCCGCAUGGAGGUCAAGCCCAGAGCGCUGGAAGGCGAGGGGAUGCAGCCUAAGAGCGAAGAAGGGGGUAGCACCACCGAGGUCCAGGAAGCACCAUACUCCCAGGCACUGGAAAAGAUGCCUAGCCGGCAGAUAGUAUUCACUGGGAUGGGGAAGGGGGUCUCCAAGGCCAUCACGUGUGUGGAGAUCCUGAAGCGCCGUGUGAAAGGCUUGCACCAGCAGACCAGGCUACUCUUCAGCACUGUCCUGGAGGUGUGGGAACCCCUGGAGCCUGCGGCAGGCCUGGACAGCCUCACAGUCAGUAGAAACAUACCUGCUAUCUGGGUACUGCUCUCCAGAGACCCCCUGGAUGCCAGCCUGCCUGGAUACCAGGCUCCAGGGAACUUUGAUGCCCUGUGGGCACAGGCUGCCAAGGAGGAUGCAGGGGUGGCUGGUGGACAGAGACAUGGGGGCAGGAGGAAGAGGGGAGGUGGUGGUGGCAGGGGUAAGGGACCAGGAGGCCCUGUCAGACAGACUGAUCGAUCCAGAGAGCCAGGAAAAGGCCAGAGUCGUGGUAAGGGGGCGCUGGCAGGGCAGGAAUGA